UUUCCUUGUCACGACAAAAAACAUAAAAACCGGCAAAAAACAAGUCAAGUCACAAAACGACCCUAUUUUCAACCAAACAACACCAAAAAAAAGUUGAAAGCAAAAUAGAAAAAAAAAGCCGCAGUUCUCCUCAGUGUGGUGGUCGAGUCACCAAAGUUCGAUGCUCAUGGCUGCUUUCUGAAGCAAGCUCAAUCCCUGCCUCGAGCGACAAUGGACAUGGCGUACACGGUGAUUUUCUGGUUUCUACUGCAUAUACCGACGACUGAUACCCCCCCUCAAGCGAGCAAAAAGCCAGGCACUCGUUGGAUGCCUCUAUCAUGCCAAGUGCACGCUUGUGGGAUACCUACUUCUUUUUCAUCCAGCAAGGCGUUAUGUUUUGCCCUUUUCAGAACCAUUUAUACCCGGUCUGGCGCAUUUUAUGAAGGCUUGGAUCGUCCUGACGUUUGACACGACAGGAUAAGUUAUAGUCUGGAAGGGCAUGGUGUACAUCAUGUCCCCAGCCUGUACCAUAGUUACAAUAGGAUAGACUAUUUAGCAAACAAAGUUUGA